AUGGCAUUUGAUAUGAACAUAGAAGGGACAUCCUGUUCAAUUUACCUGAAGCAACAAGCCUUUUUAUCCAAUUAUUUUAGAGUUUAUACCUACAGCACAGAAGGCACACCAGUUUCUUUUGCCCCUUCCAUCCAGCGGGAUUGCUAUUAUCAAGGCUAUGUAGAUGGUUACAUGGAUUCACUUGUGAUGCUCAGCUCCUGCUCUGGGCUCAGCGGGCUGAUACAGAUUCAGAACAUCAGCUAUGGAAUUGAGCCAAUUGAGUCAGCCUCAGGGUUCCGCCAUCUUGUUUUUCGAAUAGAUUACAAUGAUAAAGGCCUUCAGUUUUCAAAGCAGAAUUAUUCCAUUAAAUGGAGUACUGGAUUAGCUUCAAAGAAAAACUCAGCACAACCAGUUACCUUUGCCACCCUCAGAUAUGUGGAAAUGCAUGUGGUUGUGGCCAAAUCUCUGUAUGAUUAUAUGGGUUCCAAUGAAGAUGUUGUCACGGGAAAGAUCAUGCAGCUUAUGAACUUCAUCAACACUAUGUUUUACAAACUCAACAUGAAGAUUAUCUUGUCGUCGUUAGAAUUAUGGAUAAACAAAGAUAAAAUCCCUGUGGCAGGAACAGCUAAUCAGCUGCUGGAGCAGUUUCUGCACUGGAAAAGAGACCACCUCACUCUGCGACCUCACGAUACGGCUUUCUUAUUUGUUUAUAGGAAGAAGGCUGAUUCAGUGGGGUCAACAUUUGCCAAAAAGAUGUGUUCUAAACCCAGUUCUGGUGGAAUUGCUAUGUUUCAAAAUGGGAUGACACUGGAAACCUUCUCAGUUAUAGUGGCACAGUUGCUGGGGUUUAGCGUGGGACUAUAUUUUGAUGACUCCAGAAAAUGCUACUGUUCGGAGACAAUCUGCUUGAUGAAUACCAGAGCAGCACAGUCCAGCGGCAUCAAAUCCUUCAGCAGCUGCAGCAUCAGAGAUUUCCAGAAUUUCCUCAACUCUGCCUUGUCGCAGUGUCUUCUGAACAAGCCGCAGGUUGACAUCUCCUACCGAGCGCCCCUCUGUGGCAACCGAGUGGUAGAAGAUGGAGAACAAUGUGACUGUGGGACAGUGAAGGAAUGUGAAAACCAUCCUUGCUGUGAAUCGGAUUGCACCUUGAAAAAAGGAAUGCAGUGUGCCCAGGGAGAAUGUUGCUGGGAGAGAAGAUGCAGGUUGAAGGCAAGAGGUACCUUAUGCAGAGAACUGCCGGACGAGGACUGCGAUCUCAAGGAGUUUUGCAAUGGUACCUCUGCGGAGUGCUCGGAAGACCAUUAUGUCCAGGAUGGGCAGUGGUGCGAAAAGCAAACUGGGAUUUGCAUGAGAGGACAGUGCCAAAGUGCGGACCGAUGGUGCCGAACAAUAUUCGGACCACGCUCCAAAAGUGGAACUCCUCAGUGCUAUGAAGAAAUUAACAGUCAAAAGGACAGGAUGGGUCACUGUGGCUCAACGACAAGAGGAUACCAGACCUGUCAGUGGCAAGACCUUAAGUGUGGCAAGCUGGUCUGCGAAUAUCCCAACAGAGUGCCCUUCUUUUUGGAAAAUGCUGCCAUCAUUUACGCAAAAGUGCAGAAUCGCUUGUGCGUCACUUUAGAUUACAUGAAGGGGCCAGGAGUGAAAGAUCCGUUUCUGGUUCGUGAUGGUACCGCCUGUGCAAAAAACAAGAUUUGCAUGAAUCAGAAGUGUGUAGAUCGAGCAAUAAUCAGACUGACUUGUGAUGCAGCAAAAAAUUGCCACGGGAAAGGAAAGUGCAACAACAAAGGCAGGUGCCACUGCAACAUGGGCUGGGCUCCCCCUGACUGUCAAAGAGCCGACCGUGGAGGCCUGGGAGGAAGCGUCGACAGCACCUUCCGAAGUGGUUUGUUCCCUCCCUUUUCAGACCUUUCAGACCAGUUCUUCCCUUGCUGCGGUUUAGCCCUGCCCGAUCAUCAACCCAAGACAUUUUCAGCGAGAAACUGGCUUCUUGUGGGCUUCUUUCUCUUCCUGCCUGUUGUGAUUGGCUCCAUCAUCUUGGCCGUAAAAGUGAGACAAGCUGUAUUACAUGCAAAUGUGGAGGAGGAAAAAGAUGAGGAGGAAGAGUACGACACAGAAGGAUCUAAAUCUCAGGAAGCCAACCAGUCAGAGAGUGCAAGCGUAUAGGCAGUGACCACAGAAGUUGCCCAGACGGUGACCAGAUUCCUAAAUGGCUGCAAAAGGUCUCUUCUCCUCGCCAGGAAAUGCAAAGCAAUUUCCCCCCUAUCUGAAUCCUUCACUCCAUCACUUUCUUUGUACUGUAAUAUAAUUAUUCAAACAUUUCAG